UCUAAAGAAUAAGUCCUGGGAUCGAUUUGCUCGACUAAAGGCGGUGCUCCAGCAUGGUCACAGUCAAAUGACUGAAACGGGUAAAAGAGUAUAUUUCUGUUCAAAUAUGUUGGCUUUCUUUCAAUUAAUUUUGCAAAUAAUGAAGAAUUAUUAACUUUGCCAUUAUUAAAAGCUUUAAAUUUGUAUGAAAUUUUGAUGGAAAGUUUAAUUUCGCUCACUUUAAAUCAGGAAGUUUUUACCAUAGGACCAGGGGUCGUCUCAAGUUGUUUGGUAUUGAAAUGGUUAAUUCUCACUCCAACUUCACACCAGCAUCUGAUAAAAGGAGAGACAUUUGAUAAUGUAGCCUUAGGUACUUGACGCUCAAGAGGAGGUUUAAGUGGAAAUGGUAGAAGCAAGCACUUGCUGCCAUCAAUGAAGCCUGUAUGUGGUCGCUUGAUCUGCUAGAAACAGCAGCCAAAUAUCCCUUGCUGUUUUAAAAAGGAAAUGUUACUUAAUGUAGUCCUGGCUUCUUGGAUUGUAGGAAAUGAAUGCAAUGGUCAUGGCCGGAAUACUUUCGAUCACAGGUUUGGCCAGUCGGGGUUGACCUAGGGUUAAAAAAUAACAGUCGUCUAUGUACUCUUGCCAUGGUUUAUCCUUUAGGAAUGGCCAGCAGUUAGGUGUAGCAGUUCUCUAUUUUGGUCUUCAUGCCGUAGUACAAGAGGCCAAUGUGUAGACUUCUACAUGGUCCGUAGAGCUGCUAAAGAUAACAGCUAAAACUACCUCUAAUCGUACUCUAUCAUCUUAAAAAACAGAAGAACACAUUGGAAAAUGUAGAGUUGGAUAUACAAAAGGUUGGGAUGGUCACAGCUAGAUUGUCUUUGAUCAUAUAUGUAUUUGACCAGGCAGAACUGUCUUGAGGUUAAACGACAACAUCCAGGAGCAUAAACAGAUUGUCUGCUGACAUGUUUUGAUGUGGAUAUCAAGUAAUUUCUUCCCUGUUUCAACGUCUGCUGCCCCCGUUUGUCUCAUCUUCCUACCACUCUUUAUCCAGCUGUAUCAGUCUGUAUCUACCUGUCCAGUCUUCCACAAGUUGGUACAUGGGUAUUAAAAGCUGGACAGGUAGGUAGAUAGACACCUUGAUGUCACCACUGACCAAAUAUUGACUGUACAACUGUAAAUGGCUACACAGCAGACCAUGGACAAAUUUUCUCCUGAUUCGGUGCUUUCCAGCAACAUGCUCGGAAAGUUCCAGCUAACGAUGACAAACAACAUACAGCAGCAGCAGCAGCAACAGCAGCAACAGCAGCAGCAGCAACAGCAACAGCAGCAGCAGCCACCCCAGCAGCAACAGCAGCAGCAGCAGCAGCCUCCAAGAAUGGCAGAGGUGGAUGAGAAGCCAUUCCAGAACCAGUCCUACAUGAACCAGUUUACCCAAGGUUAUUACUUACAGACCCAUGGCAUUUUGCACCCCAACGAAAAACUUUUCAGUCCCGACAUUUACGGGAAACAGUUUGUUCAGAAUUCUUAUUUACACACACAACCAGAACGCAUGCACACCAUCGAGAAGGCUGUACCGGAAAAUAAUCUUUGUCUCAAACAACCUCAGCCAGUUUUGAACAAGAUUCCACCCCCAGCACCAAAGACAUUACCCCCACUAGCCCCUCCUUCCCUUCCCCACACUCCCAUGUCAUCAACGAGGACUACAGAGAAAGCUUUCCAUUGUGAGCUUUGCCCCAAGCAGUUUGCACGACGUAACACAUUGCAGUUACACCAGAGAAUACACACGGGUGAAAAACUGUUCCAAUGUAAUUUUUGUGCCAAACAUUUUGUCCACAAGGACAAACUUCAGAUCCACGAAAGAAUUCACACUGGAGAAAAGCCAUUCCAGUGUGAAUUUUGUCCCAAACGAUUUUCACGCAACGAUAAGCUGAAGAUCCAUCGAAGCACGCACACUGGUGAGAGGCCUUUUCAUUGUAACUACUGUCCGAAGCAAUUUGUCCAGAAGGACAAAUUACUUAUCCAUGAGAGGACACAUACAGGUGAAAAGCCUUUUCACUGUGACCUUUGCCCUAAGCAGUUUGCUCGGAGUGACCGACUGCAAAUUCAUCGAAGAACUCACACCGGAGAAAAGCCAUUCCACUGCGACCUUUGUCCAAAACAGUUUGUUCAAAGAUGUUACUUGAAAAUCCAUCGAAGAAUCCAUACGGGCGAGAAACCUUUUCCUUGUGAAUAUUGCCCGAAGGAGUUUGCCAGGAAGGAUAAACUACAGAUCCACACGAGGAGCCAUACUGGCGAGAAGCCUUUUCAAUGCGACAUUUGUAGGGAGCAAUUCAUGAAGAAAGCUCAACUGCAGUCGCACCAGAAAUCAUCGCAUACCGUUUUGGAGAAGCCGUUUCAGUGUGAUUUAUGCAUGCAGCAGUUUGCAGAACGCGACGAACUGCAGCUGCACCGGAGCACUCACCUCGUAACGCCACAGUUACCUAAUGACCUUGACAUUAAGCCGUUUGCUCUCAUCCAUGAGCUGGAGAAUCAGAAGCGACUGCAAGGGUCGGUGCGGAAUAACUUUUUGAAACCAACAUCCUGUAAAAACAUCAAAGAGUACACUCCAAUGAGUACACUACUUUGGCAAUCAAUUCAUCCAUGAAAAAACAACAAACCCCACCCACAGUAUUUGCAAAAACUCUGCUGACAUUAGGGUCCACCCACAUUCACUGGCCCCCUAUUUCGGGUAUCACUGGUGAUCCCUGCCUACUUUCAUCCUUGUGACUAAAGUUGUCUUCUAUGAAUAUUUUUUUAACCUGUUACAUCACUUGACAUUAGUCAGUAAAAGUUGUUAGCCUGGAAUCUAAGGGUUCCUGGUUCGAUACCCAGUCGCUACCAUUUACGCAUAUGUUUGUGUGGGGUGUGUAUAUUUGUAUGUUGUAUAUUGUGUGUGAAAAUAUGCGUGUGUGUGUGUGUGUUUCUAAGUGGCCUUUAGGCCAUCUGUGGGUCUCAUCAAAAAUUCUUUGUGUCACCUGGAUUGUUUACGAUGUCCAGGUGUUCACCACCUUCCAGAUUGUUCACUGGGUUAGUGAACAAGAUGGACAAAGUACAUGCUAGAAAUGACUCAAUAGUUUUCCAUGUCUGGUAAAUGGACACAGUCACUGUUCAUCCUUAAUAUUUCAAUCACACACACACAUGCACACACAUAUAUACACAGAACCACUCAAAUACGUGUACAUGUGUAUAUAUAUGUAUGUUAUAUAUAUAUUAUAUAUAUAUAUGUAUCAUCAUCGUUUUAGCAACCUCUUUUCUAUGCUAGCAUGGGUUAGACAGGGUUUAUUGCAGUGGAUUUCCUAUAUAAGGAGUGCUUUUCCUGUUCCCAACCCUCUGUUUCCAAGUAAGAUAAUAUUUCCCCAUGACUAGAUAUGUUUUUGCAGAAUAUUGGAAAAAGAGGUGACACUCGUUUACAACUAUCACCUGAUGCUAAGGCAUAAAGACAGUAACACACACACACACACACAUGAUAGGCUUCAUUUAGUUUCCUUCUACCAAAUUCACUCACAAUGUUUUGGUUGGUCUGGGACUAUAGUAGAAGACACUUUCUCUUGCUGCCAUGCUGUAGCACUGAACCUGAAAACACAUGGUUGGAGAACUAACUUCUUACCACACAACCAUGUCUGCGACUAUGUAUAUAUAUGUAUAUAUAUAUAUAUAUAUAUAUAUAUAUAUAUAUAUAUAUAUAUGUGUGUGUGUGUGUUUAUAUAUAGUCUUAAGUUCACUUGUACCUACAGACACAUUGGUUGAAUAAUAUACAUAAGCGUUGACCCUCUGACAAUGACACUCGUGUGUGCAUGUGCACAUGCAUAAUUGUAUGAGUUUAUCUGUGUGUGAGUGUGUGUGUGUGUCUACGAACACCUGUCUUUAUAUAGGUAUGCAUAAACAAACUCAGGCAUAGACAAACAACUGUAUACUAGUUGUAUAUAUGUUUGUGUGUGUGUGUUGUACUUCAUUAAUAUAGAAUAUAUACAUAUAUAGAACAUGGAUGUCAAAUAAUGAUGAUAUAUUUAUAUAUAUAUGUAUGUAUAUACCCAUACAUGCAUACACCCCCCUCCUGCAUGCAUAUGCACGUGAGAAACAUCACAUACACAAUCAAACAUAUGGAACUGUGCAGUUUUGUCUGCAGUAUUCAUUCCUUUGACAAGAAAAGUUGUGAUUUGCUGAGAGUUGGAGGAAAGGGGCCUCGAGGAAGAAGAAGAGGAGGAGAGAAAGGGGCAGUCUGCUUGUGUGUGUGUGUGUGUGUUCUACUGUAUUCUAAUACACAUUCUAGCAUGUUCAAGUGUCUUUCUUACAGUUGUGUAGUAUUUCUAGAAUCUUUUUUAUAUAUAUACACACAUGCAUAUAUGUAUGUAUGUAUGUGUGUGUGUGUAUAUAUAUAUAUAUAUAUAUAUAUAUAUUUAUGUAUAUAUGUGCAUAUAUAUGAGGUGGCAUUAAAAGGUUCCCGGACUAGUUAUGUUUCAUAAAAAAUAACUGAUUCAUCUAAGUUUUAAUCUCAUCUCCUUCGAAGUAGUCCCCUUGUGCAACAAUACACUGGUCCCAUCAUUCCUGCCACUUUUGGAAUCUAGCCUGGAAGUCUUUUUCUGUAAGUGGGUCGAGGACCUUCUACGAUUCACUCUUGAUCUUGACAGCAGUGUUAAAACAGUGACCCCUUCGAGCUGCCUUUUCAUCUUGUGGAAGAGAUGGAAGUCUGCAGGUGCUGAAUCGGGUGAAUAUGGCAGGUGCAGAAGUGCUACCCUGUUGUUCUUGGUGAGAAACUCCCAAGCGAGGAGAUCUCAGUGACGGUGCUUUGUCGUCAUGUAGAAUCCAAUUGUUUGCGCUCCACAGAUUGGGUCGGUUUCACUGAAUGUCCCCUCAAACGCUUCAAAACGUUGCAGUAGAACUCUCGAUCGAUGGUAUGGCCCUGUAGGAUGAAUUCUCAAUGCACAAUACCACAUCUCCAGGGGUGACACUCACGGUAGGUCUUCCAAAUCGCUCAUCAUCUUCCAGGGACAUUCUUCUGCUUCUGAAGCAUCCAUGUCACUCGAAACAUUGUAUACUACCCGUUGCCUCGGCGCUGUAAGCUUGCCGAAGCAUGUUCGAUGUCUCUGCAGUAGACUCUGCAAGGUUAACAUAGAAUUUGAUGUCGGCUUUUUGUUCCUGUCCACGACAAAAUCGCAGAUUACAACAGACACACGUGAUCAGAAAGACUCAAAUUACGCAACUUGUGAAGUAAACACAAUAACGUCACCCGUACACUGUCUCAUGAAGCCCACUGCGCACGCAACCAUCUACUGCCAUCUGUUAAUGUACUACAGAACCAGUCCAGGAACUUAUUGAUAGCACCUCGUAUAUGCAUAUACAUACAUAUAUAUAUAUAUAUA